GUGGCUGUGUGUGUGUAUGUGCGGGUUUUGAUUAGUUGUCAAGUCCAACACUCUCGUUUAGCUGAUUCGUAAGCACAAGUGGAAACUCCAGAAUGGGUUUAACAAUUUCUAGUGUUUUAACCAGGCUUUUCGGCAAAAAGCAGAUGAGAAUACUGAUGGUUGGUUUGGACGCGGCCGGAAAAACUACUAUCCUAUACAAGUUGAAGCUGGGAGAAAUCGUGACGACAAUCCCCACCAUCGGAUUCAACGUUGAAACGGUGGAGUACAAGAACAUCUGCUUCACCGUGUGGGACGUCGGCGGUCAGGACAAAAUCCGUCCGCUUUGGCGCCACUACUUCCAGAAUACCCAAGGAUUGAUCUUCGUGGUGGACUCGAACGAUCGGGAGCGAAUUGUGGAGGCUGAAAGGGAACUUCAAAGUAUGCUGCAAGAGGAUGAAUUACGGGAUGCGGUUCUGCUAGUGUUUGCCAACAAACAAGAUCUGCCCAACGCAAUGACUGCUGCUGAGUUGACCGACAAGUUGCACCUGAACCAGCUUAGAAAUAGACACUGGUAUAUUCAAGCAACCUGCGCCACCCAAGGGCACGGCUUAUACGAAGGCCUAGAUUGGUUAUCCAAUGAGCUCGCCAAGAAAUGAUGCGUUUGCACCGGAAAGGACAUCAAUCAGCCGCAAUUAUUUACAACACACGUUAGCUGGUUCGUAUUUUUGUAAGCAACUUUUUUCCAUCAACGGUCGUUUGCAUUUUCUGUUCCAUAACAAAUAAAGAACACUACGUUUUUUGUUCGAUUGCAGAACAAAUUAUUAAUGGGAAAAAGAGAGUUCGAUAGAUGUAUUUGUAUAUCAAUGGUCUUUAUUUCAAUUCAAAUCGAAACUAAAUUGUCGGUUACUAUUCACAAGAAAAUUAUUUCGCGACAGCAGCAACAGACAUAGAGAAAAAGCGACUGCAUUAUUUUUAUGAAGACCUUGGCGAAAAAAAAAAUGGUGUUAUAUUGAUCGAUGUGAGUAUGAACCAAGUAGACACAGAUAAUUGAAAACACUACAUUAUUUGUAAAUUUUAAGUGAUAUUUUACUAUAACAAUAAAUAAUAAAAUGAA